UACUGCCUGCAGUGGCAGCCUGAGGCGGGGUCGGGUUUCGGCACGUGUGCUCAACGCCUCAGCCGUGAGCUGAUCGUGCAGUUUCUCCAUCUUCUCCAAAACUCUACUGUCAACUGUCAAUAUUCACCGUCUAGCUUAACCAGCUAUGUCUGGGCUCGAAGUUGCAGGUGUUGUUCUGGGUGCACUGCCGCUCAUCAUUUCGGCAAUGGAACACUAUGCAAACGGCGUCAACACCGCGAAGAGGUACUGGAGAUACAAGACCGAACUGAGGAUGCUAAUACUUCAAAUCAAUACCGAAAGGGGGAUUUUGGUCAAUACCGUGGAGCAGCUCCUCACUGGGAUUGUGCGAAUCGAGCAGAUGACUGACUUCGUGGCAAGCGCGGGCGCUCAAGCUUGGCGAGAGGCCGGCUUUGAUAGCAAGUUGAGAGACAGGCUAAGAGGCUCGUAUGAGAUCUAUGUUGAGAACGUAAGAGGCAUGGAGAUGGCAUUGAGACGGAUGAUGCUGAAGCUAGCGCUGGACCCUGAGGGGAAACCUCAAUUCUCGGAUCCUAGCCUGUUCAAGAAGGAGUAUAAGCGAUUAAAGUUCAGCAUCAGCAAGUCCGAGUACACCGAGCAGAUAAAUGACUUGAGAAACUUCAACCAAGCCUUGAUACGGCUAACCAAACAGUCGUUGGAAUUAGAACCAACAAGGGCGGUCAAGAACCGCACUUGCCCCAACUUCAAAGGCUUACGAAGUUAUGCGAAGGAGCUGUAUGAAGCUUUGCGAUCCGGCUUCAAUUGCACGAGCGGGUGUUUAGAGGAGCAUGCCGUGAAAUUGCGCCUGGAAAAAAGAAGUCAACUCUUCAAGAGCGACGAGGAUAUACCAGAGAAAACACAAUUCCGGGUAGUCUUCACACACACAUCGCCUACGCAAUGGAAAGAGGCUGAUAUACGGUGUAUACUCGACAAGACUCUCUCUCUGCCUCUGUCUCCAAAUGUCUCAAUAUCGCGCAUGACCCAGAAGCAGGUGCGCUUCGGGCAGAUCGACACAGCAGCACAGAGCUACUCCAAUCAAAGCAUCACCAUGACUACUGUCCAUAGACCAGUCACGUUGGUACAGGACACGAGGCCAGAGCAUAUACAGAAUCUCUGUGUGGCUUUUCGAAAACUCCAACAACCUCAGAAAGACAUAUGUAUGGGCUACAUGCUCGAUACUAUGCAGCGUAAACACGGGAUAUAUCCGUUGUCUGGGCUCUACAAUUGCGGCCAGCAGCAGUGGGUAGCAUUCUCACUCCACCAGAUCCUAACAGACCAAGCAAACACCCACAAGCGCCUAACGCAGCACGACAAACUCCGAAUCGCGUUGGACCUCUCAUCAAGCAUUCUACAGCUAUACAAGACGCCCUGGCUAGACGAACACUGGGGCGACAACGACGUCUACUUCCUGCAGAAACCCGGCGCAAAGCCGCUCGCCAUCUACGAGCACCCCUACGUGUACCGCCAACUCGCACCAACCCUCUCCAACACCAACACUCAAGCAGCACAGACCAAAUACAGGAUCGUCCGAAAUCAGACCCUCUACAGCCUUGGCAUCCUCCUCAUCGAACUCUGGUACGGCAAGGCCAUCGAACAGCUCCAGACCCCGGCUGACCUCGUCUGCGACGGGACGCCCGGCGUGUCGUGGUGCACCGCCGAGCGGCUCGUAGACAACGAGCUCGAGUUCGAGGCUGGGAAGCGGUAUGCGGAUGCAGUGCGGCGGUGUAUACGCUGCGACUUUGACCGGUCGGAUAUGAGCCUGGAUAGUGAGAGCUUUCAGCAGGCGGUGUUUGAGGGCGUGGUGGUGCCGCUGGAAACGACGCUGCAGCAGUUCAGUGGGCAGCUGUCAUGAGAAAUGUUCAAUCGAAUGAGUCAAGCAUUGCACGAAUUAGAUCUGUCACAGUGGUGUUGCGUGGGUUCGAGGAGAUGGAUGUGCGAGCAACGUGACGUGACCCGAGGCAAUGAAUAUUAAAAUAACGCAGCACUUUUGGUAAAGUCGAGUUCAGCCCUCCGCUCCAUACCGAGCCAUUGCGUCGCGUCGCCCCUCCCUCUAUCAACUCUCCAUAUCAAGGUGUCAAGACCAAAACCCUACUACCACCUGUUAGCACAAAUCCGCACACACAAGGCAUCAGUCGUUCUUACCCUCUACCAUCAU